CCAUCUCAUCCUUUCCCUCUCGUUUCUCCUUCCUCCCUUGCCCAGUCUGCUCAUGCUGUCUCAGUGCUCAGAGAAUGUGCGAAGCUACGUCCUGCGGAUCCCACUGUCCCGCUCCUGGCCGCUAAGGUCUGCAUUGGACCUCUACACUGGCUGGAGGAAGGAGAACGUUUCGCCAAGAUGGUUGUUCGCAUGGGAGAAGAUGCUGGAGAAUUCCUAGCGAAGGGGUUUUUAGCAUUAGGCCUGACAUACAGCCUUCAAGCAACUGAUGCUACCCUGAAAAGCACACAAGAUGACUUGCAUCAGAGAGCACUUCAGAAUUUAGAAAGAGCUCAUCACUUGGCACCUGAAGACCACCAAAUUAUCCUCUAUAUCUCAUUGCAGCUGGCUCUUAUUAGGCAGAUUUGUGAUGCAAUAGAACAUCUCCAAGAAGCACUGAAACUGUGUAAGGAUGAUAUGAAUUCUCUUCAUUUGUUGGCCCUCCUUUUUUCAUCACAAAAACACUACCAACAUGCAUUGGAUGUAAUCGAUGUGGCCCUUGCAGAAUAUCCUGACUGCUUCCAUUUACUCUUCACAAAAAUAAAACUGGAAUUAAUACAUAAAGGACCGGAAGAGGCUUUAGUGACCUGUAGACAUAUGUUGCAUCAGUGGCAGAUGUUGUAUAAUGUUUCGCAGCAAAGUGAUUCAGAAAAGACAAACAGUUUGAUUGAGACAGUACCAGCCAAAAAGAAUAAUAACGUGUAUCUUACUCUACCUGAUGCCCAUGAUAACGAUUCCGGUUCCCAGCGAGCAUCUUCCAUUGCAGCAUCACGACUGGAACAGGCCAUGUCAGAGAUAACUAUGCAGAGUUCUGCCUCAAAGCAAGGGCCUAUUCAGCUGUGGACAACUCUUGAACAGAUCUGGUUGCAGGCUGCUGAAGUCUUCAUGGAACAACAGCAUCUCAAAGAAGCAAGCUUUUGUAUCCAGGAGGCAGCCAGUCUCUUUCCCACAUCUCAUGCUGUGCUGUACAUGCGGGGGAGGCUCGCAGAGAUGAACAGCAGCUUGGAAGAGGCUAAGCAGUUGUAUGAUGAAGCAUUAACUGUGAAUCCAAAUGGUGUGGAAAUCAUGAACUGUUUGGGACUGGUACUCAACAAGCUUGGGCGACGAAAUUUGGCUCAGAAGGUUCUGCAGGAUGCAGUCCAAAUACAGAGUACCAGCCACAAAGCCUGGAACAGCCUUGGAGAAGUCCUUCAUGCUCAAGGCAAAAAUGAAGCUGCUGUUGAGUGCUUUCUGACUGCUUUGGACCUUGAAUCCAGCAGCCCUGUCAUUCCGUUUACAGUUAUUCCAAGGGAAUUGUGA